UCUAGUGGAGAUUAUUUUUUCUUGGUAGAAAGUGGUUGUCAAUAUUUAGCACGCACUUUGUUAAGUGAACGAUUUGCACAUGGCAAUUGUUAUAUUCCAGCUAAGUUGAAUGAAAGUCCAAAAAUAAUUUGCAAAACACUUGUGUAACGCAUGGUUGACCUGAGUAAGAAAACAAGAGGCUAUAAACCGGAAACUGUAGGCAGCAUAUCAAGGCUAACAUUUUUGUUGAAACAAUAAUUAAAUCAACGCGUAGACAUACAAGUGGCAUUGAAAAUGGCAACAGCUAAGUUCAGUGUGAGUACGACGGGUAAUACGGGAGAGGAUAGUGAAUUGCAGUCAAUAGAGGUGGACAAAUCUUUGGCACUUGCUUCGAAAUUGAAUCAGACAAAUUCAGGCAGUGCAGAACCAGCGACUGGUUUGACCCAUGAAUGUGGAGUGUUUGGUGCUAUCGCUUGCGGCGAUUGGCCAACCCAAAUUGAUGUGGCACACGUGAUUUGUCUAGGUUUGGUCGCUCUACAACAUCGCGGCCAAGAAUCGGCAGGGAUUGUGACAAGUGAAGGAAAAUGCUCUAGAAAUUUUAAUACACACAAAGGUAUGGGCAUGAUAAGUACGCUCUUCAAUGACGAGUCAAUCAAGAAACUUAAAGGCAAUCUUGGUAUUGGUCAUACGCGCUAUUCAACUUCUGCCGCAUCGGAGGUGGUCAAUUGCCAGCCAUUUGUAGUGCAUACGCUGCACGGUGCUAUUGCGGUGGCACAUAAUGGAGAAUUAGUAAAUUCAGAAUCACUUCGACGUGAUUUGCUAAGUCGCGGCGUGGGAUUAUCCACCCACAGCGAUACCGAAUUAAUCAGUCAAUCACUAUGCCUAUGCCCGGACGGUGUAUCUGAGAAGGACGGACCAGAUUGGCCGGCUCGCAUACGAUAUUUUAUGCAAUUGGCUCCGCUGUCUUACUCGCUUGUGAUUAUGUUUAAAGAUAAGAUUUAUGCCGCGCGUGAUCCUUACGGUAAUAGGCCACUUUGUCUUGGAAAAAUAAUGCCUAUUAAUGGCGAAGCGAAUGCUAAAGUUGAAGAUGUACGCGCUGAUGGCUGGGUGGUUUCGAGUGAGAGUUGUGGUUUCUUAUCAAUUGGCGCACGGUAUGUACGGGAAGUGGAACCGGGUGAGAUAGUGGAAUUGACUCGGAACGGUUUCCGUACCAUUGAUGUUGUGAAACUGCCUGACUACAAAAAAGUAUCAUUUUGUAUAUUUGAAUAUGUGUACUUUGCGCGGGGAGACUCAAUCUUUGAAGGCCAAAUGGUGUAUUCAGUACGCAUGCAGUGUGGUAAGCAGUUGGCACGUGAGGCUCUUAUAGAUGCUGAUAUAGUUAGUUCUGUGCCAGAGUCAGGUACAGCCGCGGCACAUGGCUAUGCUAGAGAGUCCGGAUUACCAUUCGCGGAAGUGCUUUGUAAAAACCGUUAUGUGGGCCGUACCUUUAUUCAGCCAUCCACACGUUUGCGAAAAUUAGGUGUUGCUAAGAAAUUUGGAGCUCUCUCAGAGAAUGUGGCUGGAAAGCGACUUGUGCUGAUUGAUGACUCUAUUGUGCGUGGUAAUACAAUCGGACCGAUUAUUAAGCUGUUGCGCGAUGCGGGUGCAGCGCAAGUACACAUACGCAUAGCGAGUCCCCCGCUGCAGUACCCUUGCUAUAUGGGGAUUAACAUUCCGACUCGUGAAGAGCUGAUUGCCAAUAAUUUGAAUGCAGAACAAUUAGCGCGGCAUGUAGGCGCUGAUAGUUUAGAAUAUUUAAGCGUAGAGGGGCUGGUGAAAGCGGUGGAAUUGAAUAAACAGGCCUCAAAUCCGGGCAAAAGUGGAUAUUGCACGGCUUGUUUAACCGGCGAAUAUCCGGGGGGGAUACCGGAGGAGUUGAGCUGGUAAAUUGUGGAGCCUUUAUGAAAUAUAUACAUAUGUAUAUAAACCGUACAAACUGUCACAAAACACAACAUAAGACAUAAAUGUGGAAAAUAAUUUUUAAGACGCACUCGAAAAGCCUUAUAUUUAUGUAUUUAAACUAUUUCACAUAUACACAAUGACCUGUAUAUAUUAGUUACUUUAUAACUUUAUUGCAUUACAUUACAUAAUUAGCUUAAUAUUAUAAAUAAAAUAUUGAUUAAAAGUGUAUAUUUGUAUAUUCAAUGUAUUUUUACAUUUGAAAAGUUGAGACAAAUGGUCUUACAUAUGUAUGUACAUAAAAAACGCUUGUGUUAAAAUGAAUUGUAAGCAGAUUCUGCUUCUUUGGAAAGCGCUCAUAGUUUGUUUAUCAUUGUCCCUUCUAUAAAUAUAUAAUAUAUACGUAAUUCUGAUUUAUUUACUUAAUUCCCGACAAAAAGCUUACAUGCAUUUUUCAACAUAUUUGGAUUCUCAAUAAAAACAUUUGUAUAUGAGUAUGUAUGUAGAUAAGCUAAUAAAUAAAUAAUAACGAAGCCUGUACAGACUUUAGUCGAAUUAGCCAAAAACGUAGAAACUUGUCAUAGCAUAUCUAUGAAAUUCAUAAAAAUGCAUCAGCCGUUCGUAGGCGGCUUAGAAUAAACUGUAGGUACCUCUAUUUGCUGGAAAAACAUCAAGACGCAUAUCACGAAGGAGGAUCGUUUCAACGGUUACAAAGCACUAAUUAUGUAAUCUGAAAUAACCUUAAAUAAUAUGUAUUUUUAUAAAAAUUCUGCAAUUUUUGCGAGAAAAUUCUCAAUAUUCUCCUAUCUAAAUUUAUAAUAUUCUUCAAUUAAUUAUUGUUGGGAAAAGGGACAGCUUGAACACUUGGCACUUCUAAGCUAAGUUUCACCACAAGAUAUUAUAGGCCAAUAUAUUAUAUAUACCUGAAUGGAAAUGAUUUACCAAUUUGUAUCAAUCAGAUUUUCAUAACUAACCGAAGCAGCUAAGUAAUAGGAUACCUCGGCACAUUGAAAUCGUGCUAGGUGACCGGGUUAAAAAUGCCACCUUGAAACAUAUUAAGUUUAUGGAAGGAAGUCUAUUCGAGCCUGGUUUAUUCCAGCGAAAAAAUCGUAGAAGGUGAAUACGAGACCUCACUCAAUUAAAAUGGAAUACAUAUUUCAUCACCAAACGAUGACAAAGUUUAAAUAUCAAUUAGCCAUAUUUAUAUGACUUGUUUAUUUUCGCGGUUACAUUUGAAUCCGCUCAUCAAUACAGUUUAUUAUUUUGCAUAUUUAGUAUAUUUUAGUGUUAUCUUAAGAUUUUUAAUAAAAUUGGCCCAUCAGCUCACCGAUCAAGGCUAAUUGCAAGGAUGACAAAUUUUACUGAACCUCGUUCGGUGAGGCAAAAAGCCAGUAAAAUUUGUACUGAGAAAGCCCAUUUUGUAAGGUUAUUGCAUAAUUUUUGACUAAAAAAAUCGUAUAUGCAUAAGUACAUACAUAUGUUCAUAUGAAAUAGAAAAUUUUUGUUUCUUUUUUUGAAGACUAUACAAAUAUGUCAAAAGCUUUGAAAAGUUCAUUUAUAUUUUUCAUUCGCAAAAUAAUCGUUUUAUUUUGAUUUUAAUUCAUCACUUACAAAAUAAGAGUUAUUUGCUCGUAGAAUAAUAGUUACGCGAAGAGCUUUAUUUUUUACUUAAGCAAUAAGAGUUGCUUGGCCUCGGCAAAUAAUACUCUCAGGCCAAGUUAUAAUAUAUUUUUUCAUCAAGACAUAACAGUUAUAUGAUGAGUAUUACAUUCAGAUCACGAAGUAAGAUUUAAAUUCUGAGUAAAAAUUUCUGUACUCUUAGUUAAUAAUUAUAAACUGAUUUUAAUUUAUCGCUCACUUAAUAAAUAUAACUCAAUGGAUUUGUUAGUUAUGUGAGUAAAUGAGAGGGUGUAAAAAGUUUGGCUUAUUAUAAAAGAUUGACCUCGAUUGACAUUUUAUUUUAAUCACAUAAGUUUUAGUUGAUAAUUACUGUUUAAAUACACUGCACAUGUAAAUACUUUGUAGUAUAUAAAUUAAACAAACGACAUAUUCAUUAGUUUCGUUCGGUGAUUAGACGGGACUUGACAAUUUUUACAUUUUUCUGCAGAUUUUACUGAAUCGCGUUCGUUGAGCCAAAGAGUAAAGUUAGUAACGACCCUGCAAGAACGGGUUGAUGGGUUCACCAAUGCACUCACACGAUUGCGGGCAGUAAUAAUAUAUAUGCAUAUAUUUUUAUUGUAUAUUUCUCUUCUGAGUACUUGAAAAGGAAUGCAUUUGAGCGGAUUAUUCGUUUUAUAUUAUGUUCUUAUUUUCGAGUAGAACGCCAUUUUUUAUCGUUUUCUCCGCAGUAGACAGAAGUGAAAAUACAUGAUGGGGAUUCUGCACAAGCUAUGGUAAUAUUAUAUUUUGGAUUUUUAAGUACUUAAGCUUUUUAAGAUCAGCUGAUUGAGCGGUUUGAAUGGAAUGGACG